AUGAGGAUCUUGCUCCGGGCGUGCCGCCAUUGCUGCAGGCUGCCAUUUUUCUCUCGGGCUGCCGGAGCUGCCUUCACUGCAAAUUGCGGCGGGAGCCCAUGGAGGCUGCAUCGCGUUCUAGCUGCGCAGUGUCUUCCCAUGAGAACAACUGCCGGCUCGAUUCUGCCAUGGGAAGCGCCAUCCCGUGAAACUCUACUGAGGACGAUUGAUGUUGCUCUCAAGGAUGGCAAUGUCGACCAGGCGCUGCGAGCAUUUGGCAAUUAUAAAAGCCUGCAUGGCCUUCCCGAGCCAAGGGUAUUGAAUGGUGUGAUUGUGUCACUGUCGUACACAUCUAGUCGAAGGUGGCUUCAGAGAGCGUAUGACUUGGUUCUGUCAGUUUAUCAGUGUAACGGCAAUCUUCUCAACUCUAGCUCGCUGAUGAGGCUAGCUCUGGCACUUGCAAGAGAUCAGACACCUGUUCCUGCCUCUGCAGUUCUUAGGAUCAUACUGGAGAGCGGCAAGCUUCCUGAUGCUGAUAUAUUGAGCAUGGUGUUUUUGCACAUGUUGAAGUCACAAGUAGGAUCCUAUCUUGCAGCUGAUGUUCUGGCUGAGACCUGCGAGUGUUUCUUGGAUCAAAUUUCAGAUAGGCGACAGCUGAAAAAAUUGGACCCAAUAAAGAACAAUGUCACCUUGUUCAAUAUGAUUUUGGAGUCUUGUGUUAACUUCAAAUGCAUCAUCACAGCCCAGAAAAUAAUGGAGCUGAUGUCAUUGGUCGGGGUUGUGGCUGAUGUGAAUACAAUGGCGGUCGCUAGCCGGGUCUGUCAAAUGGUUGGGCAGCGAGAUGAAUUGAUGACCAUGAAAGGAAGCAUCAAUUCUUUCUCCUCUUUGCCAUUCUCUCAGCAAUAUCUACAUUUUUACGACAGUUUAUUGAGCUUGCAAUUCAGUGGUAAUGACAUGGAUGCUGCUGCAGAUCUUAUAAUCGAUCUGUAUCGGCAACAAAAGUCAUGCACUUUCUCCGACAAUGAUGUGCAGAAACAAGGUGUGAUACAAAUUGGCUCUGGUAACCUAAAAAGUGGAUACAGAAUAAUGUUUGACCCCACAAAAUUGGACAAAGGUUUUGUGUUAGAUACAAAAAACCAGUCUGGACUUGUUGUUCCUCUCAGUGGAAAUCUUGUUCCUAGUGAAAAGGCUGUUGCUAAACUUAUCGUAGGCUGUGUGAAAGCAAAGAAACUGGGUGCAUUGUCUAGCUUCUGUAUUACAUUGCAUAAGGAAGAACUAAAGGGGAUUUCUGCUUCAGAUGUGAUUAAUGCCUGCAUUCAGAUGGGAUGGUUGCAUGCCUCUCAUGAUAUCCUGGAUGCUUUAGAGUCAGCUGAGAUUCCUGUCGGGGUUGGUACUUACAUGUCUCUUCUCAGAGAAUACGAGAAUAAUCAUAAACCCGAAGAAUUCAAUUUGCUUCUCCAACAGAUACAGAAAAUAGCACCGACCAUGGCGGAAUUUCAUACUAGUCCAUCAUUUACCAUAAAGGACAUUGCCAAAAUAGUCAAGGAUGAGAUCCCCCAAACUAAAUCAUCUUUGCUUUCCAGUUUGGUUGAAGAAACUGAACACUAUAACCCUGGAGACCACUUAACCUUUGAGUUCAAUAAUUCAAUUCUUUUCUUCUGCAAGGCAAACAUGAUGGAAGAUGCUCUGAGCACAUAUAAACGCAUGAGAGAGCAAAAUAUUAGACCCAAUCUGCAUACCUUUUCCCAUAUACUGUGUGGAUAUUCGUCAUUAAGCAUGUAUAGGGAGAUUACCAUACUGUGGGGAGAAAUAAAACGCAGACUCGACUACAGAGAAAUAUCUGUGGACAGGGAUUUGCUUGACUGCUUAGUUUUAGAUUUCCUCAAAGGUGGCUAUUUUUCAAGGGUGAUGGAGGUUAUAAGUUACAUGUCAACCCAUAAUAUUUACUGCGACAAGUGGAAAUACAGGCAGGCCUUUCUGAGGCUGCACAAGAAUCUGUAUAGGAACUUGAAUUCAUUGCAUGACAAAACAGAAGCUCAGAGCAAAAGGAUUGAUGAUGUCCGAGCUUUCAGGACAUGGGCAGGCAUCAAAUAG